CUAAACCAAGAAAUAGAACAAUGGAUUGAUACAAAAAUCGGAUUUCCCUCUAUGGCGAAAAUGAAUGGGCACCCAAGACAGUAACGACCGAAGUAUGACUAUUAUAAAAUACACAGCCGGGUUUGAUAGCUACCGGUAGCCAAGAUAGCUAGCUAACUACCAGCUUCCAGUCAGCUGGGCAACGUCAAUAGGCAAACAGAAUGUAAAAAGUGCCAGGUGGUGGCUCAGAAUAGUCUGCAUACCUGUGGUCAGAAACAGAUGGGAGUGUUUAAACUUGCCAUUCUUGUUUGCUAGCGAGGAAAUAUCGUUUUCAUAAAGUCCCUUCCAGCGGCCACUGCUAAAAGUAUUCGGAUAUGACAUUAUUUGUAUGAGAUUGCUAGGCUAUAUAACAAAGUCAACUUCUAUGUUAAAAUUAAAGAUUUAAUGCAUGAGGGAUCCAGUGGACGCUUGCCCCAAACAAGAUGAGGAGACUAGUGUCCCGGAAGAAGGCUCUCACCCUGGUGAAGGAGCUGGACGCUUUCCCCAAGGUUCCAGAGAGCUAUGUGGAAACCACAGCCACUGGUGGAACAGUGUCCCUGAUAGCCUUCACAGCCAUGGCUCUGCUGGCUUUCCUUGAGUUCUUUGUCUAUCGAGACACGUGGAUGCAGUAUGAGUAUGAAGUCGAUAAAGACUUCUCCAGUAAAUUAAGAAUAAACAUAGACAUCACAGUUGCCAUGAGGUGUCAAUUUGUAGGUGCAGAUGUCCUAGACUUGGCAGAGACCAUGGUAGCUUCAGAUGGCCUACAUUAUGAGCCAGUCACCUUUGACCUCUCUCCUCAGCAAAGGCUGUGGCACAGAACUCUGCUGAUGAUCCAGGACCGCCUUAGGGAGGAACACUCGCUGCAGGAUGUGAUCUUCAAGACAGUCCUGAAAGGAUCCCCCACUGCCCUGCCUCCCAGAGAGGACAGUCCCUCCCAGUCGCCUGCGGCCUGCAGGAUACACGGCCAUCUUUAUGUCAACAAGGUGGCUGGCAACUUCCACAUCACUGUGGGCAAGGCUAUCCCACAUCCUAGAGGCCACGCCCAUCUAGCGGCCCUCGUCAGCCACGAUACGUACAACUUCUCUCAUCGCAUCGACCACCUGUCGUUCGGAGAGGAGAUCCCAGGGAUCAUCAACCCUCUGGACGGGACAGAGAAAGUCUGCACUGACCAUAAUCAGAUGUUUCAGUACUUCAUCACCAUAGUGCCCACCAAACUGAACACCUACCAGAUCUCAGCAGACACAAACCAGUACUCUGUCACCGAAAGGGAGCGGGUGAUCAACCACGCGGUGGGCAGCCACGGAGUAUCUGGGAUCUUUAUGAAGUAUGACAUCAGCUCGUUGAUGGUGAAAGUCACAGAGCAGCACAUGCCCCUGUGGAGGUUCCUCGUCAGGCUUUGUGGCAUCAUCGGAGGCAUUUUCUCCACCACAGGUAUGAUCCAUGGAAUGGUGGGCUUCUUGGUGGACGUCGUCUGCUGUCGCUUCCAACUAGGAGUCUACAAACCCCGGGAGAUGGGCCUGCUGGACGACCAUGUAAAAAACGAAGCCCCUGUCCCACCCCUGGAAGCUACAGAAAACCACACCCACUGACAGGGAUCAUCAACUACAUCAGGGCUCUCCAACCCUGUUCCCUGAGAGCUAUCCUCCUGUAAGUUUUUGCUCCAACCCCAGUUAACUGACCUGGUUCAGCUUCUCAACAACAAAUUAUUAAGAAUCAGGUGCGCUGGGUUGGAGCAAAAACCUACAGUAAGGUUUUUUUUUCUUUCUUGAGCAGAUGGUCUGGGGGCGGGAACAUAAUUGCAAAUUGACCUGAAUAAUAAUAAUUUUAAACCUCGCUUACAUUUGUCUACGAUCACAUAUCUCUAUAAUGCGUGGGAAUACUUUGGGACCGAUUUUUCAAAAUUAAAAUGACUUGAAGCUGA